AUUCGCAUAUCAUAAUAUUGCUAUAUAUUACAAUUAUUCUUAACAAUAUCUAUAAUUAAAUAUUAAUGGAUCAUCUGUGUAGAAUAACUACCUAAGAGAAAUAUAAGAAACCUAUAUCCAUGGAUUCUAUCUCAAGUUCAAGUACAAAAAAUAAUCUUCUCAUCUUGAAAUCACGAUACGGAAAUCUAGCAGUGGCGACGGCAGUACCUUUAUUAGUCAUAUUUGGGGGAAGCGCAUAUUUAGCGUUCACUUACUUCAACUGCGAUGAUUGUCCGUGGAGAAAGAAGAAGGCUACAGUACGUGAGAGGUCGCUAACCCUAGCAUCCCUGCAAGGCGGAGAAUUCGCCUUGCAAAGAUUGGUUGACUAUGAAGAAGCUCUAGCCAACUUCCCUUACGCAUUUAGAGCGGUUGAGUGCUUGUUGAAUGUGUUGCUUGAAAGAGAAUACAUUGAUCUUUCAAUGAUCAAGAGAGUAAUUGCAAACUUUGAAAUGAGUGGAAAUGAAGCCAAAGCAGUGCAAAUACUUCAAACACAUAGGUUAAAAGCUCGUGAUAACCAAAAUUUCUAUAAAGCUUAUGAGAUCGAGAUGUUACUUGUGGAAAUGUACAUUUACAAGGGUGACUUUGAGAAGGCUUAUUUCCAGCUUGAAUGCUUCACGGAAGAACAUUGUUUGGACUCACGUCGACCCUUCUUUAAGGCUUUAAUCUUAGUUGCCUUAGAGCGGCAUCGAUAUACAGAAUUAGCAAAGCAAAAUUGGGAAAACUUCAACGAACUAAGAGAAGAACCCAUUGAAGGAAAUGAAACCUACAAAGUUGCUACAAGUUUCAAUGAGUUCGAGAAGAUUGUCAAGAGGCUCAAGAACGAUAUUCACAAGUCAAAUGAAAUGAAGAAGAUACCUAUAGAUUAGAUUUUAAUUUGCUUGGAACUCGAAUUUUGUUUUGUACAAAUUAUUACAUAAAAAUAAAAUACCCCAAUUGGGUUAUGUAUACUAAA